UGAAGCCAGUUGUCAUCCUCAUGCUGUUGCCAUGUAAUCUCGAAAGCGAUACAUAUUCACUGACCCGAAUUUUCACUGGAAAUCACCGCAUCAUUAUCUGCAUUCGAAAGUGGGAAGUGAAGAGGGAAAAGGCAGACGAUAUUUUUCAGCUAAGUGGCAUUGCCCCAGUUUUCAGAGGGGUAGUCUGGAGUCAAAGAAACCACUUGUUUACGGACAACGAAGGUUGAAUAUUCAAGGACGCAGCGAAGCGUGCCAUCAACAAGGAUGGAAAAAAGUGUCAUAUACGGAUGUCCAGCCGGUAUGUAAAAGUGAUUGAAACAAUUGGAACGGAUAACAGUAGGUUCGAUUCAUUCCUUCGAGGACUAUCACUCGAAGCACUGGAGUUUGCAGCCAUGAAAUACUUCGCUUUAUUGUGUAUUUUGCUGAUGUGCCAUAGUUGGACCGCUGACACGGGUAUCCUCAAAGGCCGGAAUAAAGGCAACAAUGACGAUGGCGUCGAGACACUUCUAGCCGUCGGCCUGAUCGCCAAGGCUUUGUCAGACAUCGAGCAGCCUUCUUCCACUCAGUGUCCACCACCGGUGACUAAAAUAAUCCAUGUGCCUGUACAUACAGAAAAGAUAUACGUCGUCAAAGAAAAUGAGAAAGACUGGGAAGAAAGUAAGAAUAUAUGGAAAGAAAGCAGUAACAUCAACUGGAGGAAAAAAUGAUGAAAGAAAGUUUACUAGAAAUAUGAAAUGAUCCGCAGUCCAGACACGCACAUGAUGCAAAUGAACUUGUUUAUGUAUAAAAUUCUAAAUCUGUAUUUAAAAUAUUUUUUGUGUAUAGAAAAGUAUGCAGAAUACUCUGUAUAUACAAAAGACACUGUAAAUUGUAUUGUUCACUCAUCCGAGCUUUCACUAAAAAUGACAAAAAUUGUUUCGCAAUGUACGAAGAUUAUUUUUAAUUUCAAAGUAUUUAUU